AUGGACGACGAUGAUCGUUGCGAGCAAUGUGGCUCCUCGGUCUUCAUUGUCGAAGAUGACGGUAAAACAUAUUGCGACAAUGGCCACGACCAGGGCAGGGCCCCAGUAACCGCUGAAGAUGAACUGGACUAUGGAAGGCAAGGCAAGGUCCUGAGAAAGAAGGAGCCCAAAGAGAAGCAGAAGGUUACUGGUGUGCUUCGCGGAGUCAAAGCAUAUCAGCUCUUUCUACAGGCAUGGCAACUCAUCCUACGAAAGCAGUGCUACAUUCUUGUACACCAGAAAGGAUUGCCCGCUGAACUUUGGACGAUUGUGAGGGAUCUUUGGAUACUCUGGCUCUCACAACUGGGCCAUCGGCUACACGAUCCUGCCGGAGGUUCACAUCCGCCCACCGACUCGGCAAGUGAAGCAGAUGCUAUCACGACAUCUGCCCAUGAAACGGACAGUGGUGGCGAGGCUGCCCGAGAGCGCAAAAGGCGCGGUGAAGCCGCAAGUCAUGGGCCUAUAUUGGUCGAUACCGUCGUCCUUAACUACUUGGGCAUUCUUUUGCUUCGAAGGCCAAUUGGGCUGGCGACCAUUUUGAACUGGAUCCAGAAAGAACACAUACCUUUCAUUCGAGCCAUCAGACAUGUCCCCGCGGAGAUGAAGGACCGCUUGCCCGGAGAAUACCAUAUUGCGCUGGACACCAUAUGGAUGCUGGAGCCCGAUGGUCUACAGGCGGCAGUAUACGAGCGCAUCAAGAUGUUCAGCCUGUCCUUUGGCAUGACCAUGCCUCCGCUGAACCACAAUUUGGUUUUGCUCCACUAUGUCCGCUCGCUCGCCCUCCCGAUCGAGGUGUACAGUAUAUCCCAGCGGUUGAACGCCGCCAUCACAAAAUACCAAUUCCGCUGUCCCGACAAGACAGCACUAAAAUCCAUGACGAGGCGCCAACCAACGACAUACCCCGAGGCACAACUGAUGUCUCUCGUCGUGAUUGCCACCAAACUCUUGUUUCCAUUCGACUCCCAGUCACUGCGACGAUAUCCCAAGGACCCUAAUGAUCCUACGACCCUGCACAUGGACUGGUCGUCGUGGUUGCACCAAAAACAAAGCUUUGACCGCGGCCUCGGAUCUGGACCGGACACUGGCGACGGCGCAACAACUAGUAGCAGCGGUGAUGGCGAUGGUCAUCCGAACAGCCUUGAACCCGGCUCCGAAAUCCACGUUCGAGACAGCGACAUUCUCAACAUGACUGAUGGCCAACUUGAUCAGUAUAUGGACUGGUAUCAACGGACGUGGAUUGAAAGCCCUCAUACUACUACCAAUAUCGACCCGAGUCAAAGUCAAAGUCAAAGUCAGCGGACUCUGAAUGCCAGGGCUCAAGAAAAUGCGCUCGACAAAGACAUUUUGGACCUUUUCCCGCUGCGUGAGCUUCCGCAACAGCGCAACAAGACGACGCGAGAAGAUCAUGAACAGGAAGUAGUACAGCGUCGGGCUCACGUCACGAGUCGAAUCAAAAACGUCCAAACAUCGUUUGUUACACUCAAGGCCGUGUCUCUGGAAGAGGAAGCCCAACUACGGACAGGCAGCAGCGGCGUUGAAUUUGUUCGUCCGGGAAAGAAAUAUCUACACGUUCGCAGCCUCGAGGAUCUUGAGUGCGGACCUGGGCAAGAAGACCAAGAUCAAGAUCGCGUGGUGGUCAAGGUGUUCCACGAGGAAGCGGCGCAGACGGCUUGUCUGAGCGUCAAGGCGCUGAUCAGGGCUGUCAAUCAUACCGAAGAGAAGAUUGAGCAGUACUUAAAAGCCCGGAGGCGGGAAGAGGUGUUUGGGGAGCAUAGUCAGUAUGUCGACGACGAUGACGAUGGCAAUAACCACGACGACGAGGACGGUGGAGACGACGACGACGGACACGAAGAGAAAAAGCAUGAACAUGGCUCCAACCUGGAGCACGAGGAUGAACGAAAUGAUUACUUUCAGGACGAGCCACACACGAGGAUGAUGACGGCGACACAACCAAGCUCGCCGCCGCUGCUUGCUACUGCCUCAGGGACUCUGGCAAGGGAUUUGAGUGGAUUGGACAUUCGGUCGUCGUCGUCACCCUUGCCGCCUGAGGUUGAUCAUGAUGCCGAUAUCGAUGUCGACGAAGAUGAGGAUGAGCAAACGAAUACGGAAAUGGAGCUGGAUAUGUACAUGUAA